AUGUCGACCAUUCUUGCACUUUUAUUUCAGUGGUUUUCUUUACUUUCUCUAAUCUCCUCAAUCAUUAAUGUGUCUGCACAAUUAUAUAAAAUGCCGAGGCUCGACCAUUAUUUCCGAGGAGAACGUGGAAGAGAAUUCCAAACACAAGCAGAAGCAAAAAUCCCAAAAGACUUUAAAACCUUUUUCUACCCCCAAACGCUUGAUCACUUCAAUUACCAGCCUGAGAGCUAUACCACUUUCAAUCAAAAAUAUAUGAUAAAUUCCAAAUACUGGGGUGGUGCGAAGAAAAACGCGCCAAUCUUCGUUUAUCUUGGUCUGGAGGAGCCAUUGACUGGUGAAACCUUCGGAUAUAGUGGGUUUCUAAUUGAGAAUGCCCCUCGUUUUAAAGCUCUCUUAAUCUAUAUAGAGCAUCGGUUCUACGGAAAAUCAGUUCCAUUUGGAUCAGCUGAAAAAGCAAUGAAGAAUGCUACUCUUCGUGGUUAUUUCAAUUCAGCUCAAGCAUUAGCAGAUUAUGCAGAGGUAAUCUUAUACCUCAAGAAGAAAUUUUCUGCUCAAUACUCUCCUGUUAUCGUCUUCGGAGGCUCCUACGGAGGAAUGCUUGCAACAUGGUUUCGGUUAAAGUAUCCCCACAUCGCCAUGGGAGCUCUAGCUUCAUCAGCACCUAUCCUUUCCUUCCAUAGCAUCUAUCCACAAGGCCUCGUCGGCAGCUAUUCUUCUGGUGUCACAAAGGAUUUCAAGGAUACCAGUAAGAGUUGCUACCAGACUAUAAAAAAUUCAUGGUCCGAAAUUGAUAAAGUCGCUUCUCAGCCAAAUGGCCUUUCAAUCCUUAGCCAAAAAUUCAAGACUUGCAAGCCCUUAACCAGUUCAGAAUUUCUGAAGAACGCUUUAGAAGGAAAGUAUAACAAUGCAGCUCAAUAUAAUAGUCCACCAAAAUAUCCAGUUACUAAGAUAUGUAACGCCAUUGAUGGAGCACCUAGAGGAACAGAUAUUCUUGGCCGAAUAUUUGCCGGUUUCGUUGCCAUUGAAGGCAAAGAAUCAUGCUAUAAGAUGGAGCCAGAUUCUAGACCAGAUACCUUUCCAAAAAAAAAUUUUCCUUCCAAAAACAAUCCUAAUGAACCAGAUGGUUGGCGCUGGCAAUCAUGCAGUGAAUUGGUGGAUCCGGUCGAUAAUCGUGUGAAUGACGAUAAUAUGCUCCAAAGAGUGGAUAAUAACGAUAUAAGUAACUUCACUGAAGGGUGCACUAAGGAUUUCGGCGUUCCACCAAGGCCUUAUUGGGCCACAACCUAUUUCGGAGGCAAUGAUAUAAGAUUGGUUCUUAAAAGGUUUGGUAGCAACAUCCUUUUCUCUAAUGGACUGCAAGAUCCUUAUAGUCUUACCAGUGUAUUGGAGGACAUCUCAGACACCAUUCUUACCGUCAAUACAGAUAAGGGAGGCCAUGGGAUAGAUUUAACAGCAUCAAACCCAAGUACUGAUCCAGAUUGGUUGGUCAAGCAACGACAGAGAGAGGUGGAGGCUAUUGAAGGAUGGAUCACAAAGUACUUCGCUGAUCUUUCAUCCAUGAAGAAAAAAUAA